GAUGAUGAUGAUGAUGAAGAAGAAGAAGAAGAAGAAUGUGGUGACAUUGAAAAAGUUGAUCUCGUUUAUAAUCAUCAUCAUCAUCACCAUCAUCCGCAUCAUUCAGAUCUAAUCUAUCAAUCAUCAAGCAAUGAAUUUCUUAGUAAUAAUAAUAAUAAUGAUUCUCAACAACAAAGACGAGUCUCCUCCUCAUCAUCUUGUUCGACAACAGAAAUUUUAUCAUCCACCUCCCAACAACCGGAUUAUCCUGAAAGCCAAUCUACAUCCUCCUCCCCAUCAUCAUCAACUUCCUUAACGGUAACGCCUACAACAACAACAAUGCCUUUAAUAAGCACAACGAAUGAUACAAUCACAGAUAUUAUUAUCGAUGAUCCAACGAUAACGAUUACAAAUAAUGAUGAUAAUCAUCAAGAAUAUUAUUGUUCAUAUAAUAUGUUACCAUCAUUACAACAACAAUAUAAUACAACAAAAGCUGUUCGUAAUAGCAAUAAUAAUAAUCUAUUAAGACAACGGCAACAAAUAUUCAAUUUAUCCAUGUGUAAAUUGAAUCGUUUUCGUCAACAAUCAUCGGAUAUAUCAUUACAUCGUUCGGUAAUGAUUUGUAAUACAUUACGUAUGUUGGAAAAAGAAUUAGAACGUGAUGGCCUUAAAGUUAAUGUUAGUCCAAAUGGUAUACCAUUUUUAUCGCCAGUAUCAUCUGUAGCACCUGUUGAUAUAUUGCCUUCAUUACAAUCGCAAUCACAACCGCUACAACCACAACAGCCUUUAUCAUUGGAACAUCAUCAUAAUCAUCAUCAUGGCGAUGUUCCAUUUGAUCCAUCAAUAUCGGAUGUCCAUUCUCAUCAACAACAAUCUACAAUGUAUCAAUCAGCUUAUUCUUCAUCUUCAUCAUCUGUCCAGAAUUCAUGUGAAUCAUCAUCAUCGUUACCAUCAAUAACAUCGACAGUGACAACAGCUACAGAUUCAUUAAUUAAUGGUAAUGAUUAUGAUAAAUAUUUUACUACCAUUGAAUGUUCAUCAUCAUCGGGUCGUGCAACACCAUUUAUUAGAUCAUCAUCGAAUGAUGAUGAUGAUAAUAAUAAUUCCUGUAACAAUUCAAAUAACAUUGAUGGCAAUGUUUUUUGGCCAACAACAAACAACAACAACAGCACAACUACAAAUAUAUCGACAACAAUGGUUCCAAAUAACAACAACAACAAUGGUGGUGGUAAUAGUUUACAUUUUAGUAAUACUACAACCGCUGCUGCUGCAAUACGUUUAUAUAAAACAUCGGAUGAAAGAGAUCAACAAACGAUCAAUGCAACAACGAUUAAAUGCCAUAAUUAA